AUGGCAUCCAAUCACACCAGGACCAACCCUUACCAGAACUGCGUCCAAGUCACCGAUGACUGCCCCGUCAAGGCCACCGUCCUCGGUUACUAUCCGAACCUGGGGUCCGGCUACUUCUUUACCAUCAUGUUCGGCCUCUGCCUCAUCGGCACCGUCGCCCUCGGUGUUUCCAAGCGGACCUGGACCUUUACCGCCGCCCUGACAUGCGGUCUGAUAUUGGAAACCGCCGGCUACGUCGGUCGCAUCCUCCUCUCCUCCAACCCAUGGAACGAGGGCGCCUUUGAGCUCCAGAUCUGCGCCAUCAUCCUCGGCCCGACCUUCAUCUGCGUCAGCAUCUACCUCACCCUCAAGCACGUUGCCCUCGCCCUCAACCCGCGCCUCUCGCGCCUCCCCGCCGUCUGGUACCCGCGCCUCUUCCUGCCCGCCGACGUCUCCUGCCUCGUCGUCCAGGCCAUCGGCGGCGGCAUCGCCGCCGCCGCCGGCCACGACAAGCCCAAGCUCCAGCGCACCGGCAACCAGGCCAUCAUUGCCGGCGUCGCCCUCCAGGUCAUCGUCCUCGCCGCCUUUGGCGCUCUCGGCCUCGACUACCUCCUUCGCGUCGCCCGCUGGAUGCGCACGCCAGAGGCGCAGAAUUCCGACGGCCUGCGCGUCUGGCGGAGCCGCAACUUUGUCAUCUUCCUGAUCGCCAUUUGCACGGCCUACAUGGCUAUCUUUAUCCGAUGCAUCUACCGAAUCGCAGAAAUGGCCGGCGGCUGGGGCAACCACAUCAUGCAAGACGAGCCCAGCUUCCUCGUCCUCGACAGCUCCCUCGUGCUCCUCGCCAGCGCCCUCCUGACCAUCUUCCACCCCGGCAUCUUCUUCCCUCAGAUGCGCCACAACGCCGUCGCCCGCCGCCAGCAGCGCGCCGACGAGAAGGCGGGCGCCGCCGCCGCCGGGCAGGACGCCACCGGCGCCAACGCCGGCGACGAGACCGACGAGACGAGGAUACCCGCCUCCACGAGCCUGACACCUCCCGAGACGGCCAGCAAGGAGCGAGUCUAG